UCCUCCCACCACCAACAACCGAUCGACCCCCCCUCACCCGGCUGGCUCCCCCCCAAUGUCCGUGACAAAACCACCCCCGACCUCCACGUCCUCCUCUCCAACCCCCCGCUCCUCUCCUCCCUCGCGCACACCCACCCCUCCAUCCCUGCCUCCACCGCCCCUCUCACCUCCCUCCUCUCCACCAACACCACCCUCGCCCACCGUCUCCUCGCCCUUGAAACCUCCCUCGCCACCCACCGCGCCGCCACCCAAUCGCGGCUCCUCGCCCUGCGCGCCCUCGAGCAGCAGUGGCGCGGGAAGCAGAGCGCCCAGGACGCGGGGUUGCAGGAGUUCGCGCCGUCGGGGCUGUAUCGGAGGUUGAAUCAGGCGGUGGCGGAGCAGGAGAUGGUGUGUCGCGGGGUGGAGGAGAGCUUUUUGGAGGGGGAGGGGAGGGCGGAGGAGAGGGAGGUGGGGGAAUGGAUGAAGCGGGUGAGGGAGGGGAGGAGGGUGGCGUUUAUGCGGAGGGAAGGGAGGGAGAGGUGGGAUGAGGGGAGGGUUGGGGGGUGGAGAUGA